GAAACAAGGCAACCAAAAUUUUAAUUGAAUCUUGUGUAGAAACAUUUGAAGACUUUUGAGCUCAUCAUCUACAUAAUCAUCUAACAAUAAUUCAAUAACACACCUACUAUGUUGAAAGAUUUCAUUUUAGCCCCUGAACACUACUGAAAGGGAUGUUCGGUAAAUAUUGUACUGAACUGAGCUUCUACUAUAGAUCUACUGCACCUCGUAGCUCUCGGCUCCCCACACCUUAUCCCUCGACAUUUCAAUAAUCAAAUCCUCCUUCAACUACAUAUAAAUCAAAAUGCUGUCUGGCAUAUUGAUCUUCAAUCAAAAGGGAGAGAACCUAAUCUUUCGCGCAUUCCGAAACGAUUGUCGACCUCGACUCGCAGAUGUCUUUCGAAUUCAGGUCAUCUCCAAUGCACAAGUUCGUUCACCAAUCCUUACUUUAGGAAGUACGACCUUCAGCCAUGUCAAACACGAAAAUAUAUAUUUGGUUGCAAUUACCAAGAGCAAUGCCAAUGCUGCGCUGGUCUUUGAGUUCCUCUACAGAUUGAUUGCGCUGGGGAAAGGCUACUUCGGAAAGUUCGACGAAGAAGCGGUUAAGAACAACUUCGUCCUGGUAUAUGAACUUUUAGAUGAAAUCCUGGAUUUUGGGUACCCUCAAAAUACAGAGACAGAUACACUAAAGAUGUACAUCACAACGGAAGGUGUCAAGUCGGAACGAACCAUGGAAGACUCGGCGAAGAUUACAAUGCAAGCAACCGGAGCUUUAUCAUGGAGGAAAGCCGAUGUCAAAUACAGAAAGAAUGAAGCAUUUGUAGAUGUCAUUGAAGAUGUGAAUCUUUUGAUGUCUGCUACAGGAACUGUUCUACGCGCUGAUGUAAAUGGUCAAAUUGUCAUGAGAGCAUACCUUUCCGGAACACCAGAAUGCAAGUUCGGACUUAAUGAUCGAUUGUUGUUAGAUGGUGAUAGUCUUUCAUCUCUACCAUCUGGAAAUCGUAUGGGUACCAAGGCCACCAAAGCAGCAGCUGGUAGUGUUACACUGGAGGAUUGCCAAUUUCACCAAUGUGUUAAGCUGGGGAAAUUCGACACCGACAGAAUUAUUUCGUUCAUACCUCCCGAUGGAGAAUUCGAACUCAUGCGCUAUCGCGCCACCGAAAAUGUCAAUCUGCCAUUUAAAAUCCAUGCCAUCGUGAAUGAAGUUGGUAAAACAAAGGUCGAAUACAGUAUUGCAAUUCGAGCAAAUUAUGGUAGCAAGCUAUUCGCUACCAAUGUCGUUGUUAAGAUACCUACGCCUUUAAAUACUGCUCGAAUCACCGAUCGAUGUACGCAAGGAAAAGCAAAAUAUGUACCAGAGGAGAAUGUUAUUAUAUGGAAGAUACCAAGAUUUACUGGACAAAAUGAAUUUGUAUUGAGCGCGGAAGCUACAUUAACAAGCAUGACGAACCAAAAGGCAUGGUCAAGACCACCAUUGAGUUUGAACUUUAGCUUGUUGAUGUUUACAAGUUCAGGACUAUUGGUUAGAUAUCUAAAGGUUUUCGAGAAGAAUAAUUACUCAAGUGUAAAAUGGGUCAGAUAUAUGACUAGAGCAGGGUCUUAUGAGAUACGGUUUUAAUCAAAGGUAUCAUUCGGGAUGGAGUUUUGGGAAACAAAGCAUUGCCAAGGCGUCGGAGUAGAAAUUGGGAAUAUAAUACAAUCUUCAUGUCUUACUAUGGUCAUUUCUGAGGAGCUUUGCUUUGGCAUCCUCAUUACCCAAUUCUCUAAUCAAAUUCUCAAACACAAUACACACUCUUAUUGUUUUUCUCUUAUACUUGAUACUGAACCACAUAACAAAGUCGUCUUUUAAUACUCCUCCAUCUCA